CCCGGGAGCUGCUGCCAGCCGAACCCUGGCUUCCAGAGGUGCCAAGAAAGAAAAAUGGGCAGCUGGUGUAGAAAACAACCGCGCCACCACUCAUUCAUAAUCCGGCGGACCGGAAGUCGGUGAUUACGUCACUUCCUAUGGUCGCCCUGCCAAGCCGGAACCUUUCUUUCCUGGCAUCAGAAGCCGGCUGUGAGGGGAGCGGUUAGGGGGCGGUCUCGGCGCGGAAGAGUGAGUGGAGACGGCCGUGCGUUUGCGGACGCGCUGGGAUGCUCUGGUCCCGCUAGGGGCAAGGGGCGUGGAGCCCGUGAGAUCCUGGCUUCCUCGCUGCCUGAGGACUACCCUAGUAUUUGGGGUGUGGGCGGUGCGCACCCCCGCUUGGCUGCCCCCAGCUUUCAGCUAGGACUAAACCUCCUCCGAGGGCCCCGUGGACUGGACACGCGGGUGAGGCCACGGCGUGGGGCCUCGGGCUGGGAACCCCGCCCCGACCUUUCUUCCUCAGGGCACAGCCAGCCCCCGGCCCCCGCACCCGUCAUCUCUGCCAUCCUGUGCGAGGCCUUCCCUGUGUCUCGCUUUGAUCGGAGGUUGACAGUGCUUCCCUGAGUCCCCUCCCGUCGCUUCCGGCUUCUCUGCUGCUCAGAUCGUGUUGGAAUCGGUGCCCGAAUCACCUGCCCUGCGUUCCCCGGCGUGGCCCUAAGGUAUUUACAAUGGCUGCAACUGUGAACUUGGAACUCGAUCCCAUUUUUUUGAAGGCACUGGGUUUCUUACAUUCAAAGAGUAAAGAUUCUGCUGAAAAGCUAAAAGCAUUGCUUGAUGAAUCUUUGGCUCGGGGGAGUGAUUCAAGUUACCGUCCAACUCAAAAGGAUGUGGAACCACCCAAAAUUUCAAGCACAAAAUCUAUUUCUAUUAAGCAAGAGCCCAAAACAUCAUCCACUCUUCUUCCUGGCAAUAACAAUGGCAAAGUCCUUUCAACUGAAAAGGCCAAGAAAGAGGCUGAGAAGAGGCCUGCUGAUAAAAUGAAGUCAGACAUUGCUGAAGGAGUUGAUGUUCCAAAGAAACCUAGAUUGGAGAAACCAGAGACACGAUCCUCUCCCAUCACUGUCCAAACCAGCAAGGAUUUAGCUAUUGCUGACCUUUCCAGCUUCGAGGAAACAAGCGCCGAUGACUUUGCCAUGGAGAUGGGAUUGGCCUGUGUUGUUUGUAGACAGAUGACGGUGGCAUCGGGUAAUCAGUUAGUGGAAUGUCAGGAGUGCCAUAAUCUCUACCACCAGGACUGCCACAAGCCUCAGGUGACGGACAAGGAAGUGAAUGACCCUCGGCUGGUGUGGUAUUGCGCCCGGUGCACCCGGCAGAUGAAGAGAAUGGCUCAGAAAACUCAGAAGCCCCAGCAGAAGCCAGCCCCCGCUGUGGUCUCCGCAGCCCCAGCCAUCAAGGAUCCCUUGGUUAAGAAACCGGAAACAAAGCUCAAACAAGAGACCACCUUCCUAGCGUUCAAGAGGACAGAAGUCAAGACAUCUGCUGUUAUUUCAGGAAGUUCAUCUAGCACCAGUGUUUCCUCUUCCGCAACCAGUGGCCUAACUGGAUGGGCAGCUUUUGCCGCCAAAACGUCCUCCGCUGGGCCAUCAACAGCAAAAUUGAGUUCAACAGCACAAAACAGUGGGGGGAAGCCAGCCGCCUCUGCAGCUAGCCAGAAACCUGUGGGUUUGACGGGCCUGGCAACAUCAACCAAAGGUGGACUGGGAUCCAAGAUAGGUCCUGGCAGCAGCACUUCACCCACCGUGCCACUGAAACCGCCGCCUCCUCUGACCCUGGGCAAAACCGGCCUUAGCCGCUCAGUUAGUUGUGACAAUGUCAGCAAAAUAGGUCUUCCAAGUCCCACUAGUUUAGUGCCAGGAAGCAGUGGCCAGCUGAGUGGAAAUGGAAACAGCAGCUCAUCAGGGCCUAGUGGAAAUUCCACCAGCAAAACCACCUCCGAAGCCAGCAGCAGUCCCUCAGCAUCCCUUAAAGGUCCAACAUCUCAGGAGUCACAGCUCAAUGCCAUGAAGCGCUUACAGAUGGUCAAGAAGAAAGCUGCCCAAAAGAAACUCAAGAAGUGAGGUGGCCAGAUAAGGUUGUGUGUCCUGUUACCGCAGAGAGGACCAGGCUACUGUGGGACAUGGACUGCUGGGUUCCAUAAUUUAAUAAAAAUCUUGAUACUCCGUCUUUA